UGCAUGCAAUCCUUCUUCCAUUUUCACCACUACAUAAGGGAUCAUUCAUCGUAAGACUCUCCAUUCUUCACAAAAUCAUAAGCAUGGCAACAAAGCUACUAUGCCUUUCUCUGCUCAUUCUAAAUCUGCUCCUUCACAUGUCUACCACCGCCGAAUCCGCAGCUGCGACAACAGACUUUAUCAAGUCCUCAUGCAAGGCGACAAGGUACCCCGUGGCGUGCGUUGAAAGCCUCUCAGGCUACGCCAGCAAGAUUAGGCAGAGCGAGGAAGAACUAGCCAGCACUGCCCUGAGCGUGAGCGUAUCCAAGACUCGAUCAUGCGUAUCAUCUCUUGAGAAAAUGGAGAAGACGAAGGGACUGAAAGUAAGAGAGAACAAUGCGGUGCAAGAUUGCAUAGAGAACAUGAAUGAUAGUGUGGACAAUCUUAACCGAUCGCUGAAGGAGCUGGGCCUCCUGGGUAACCGGAAGGGGAAGGAUUCCCGGUGGCACAUCAGCAAUAUUCAGACUUGGGUUAGUGCUGCUAUGACUUAUCAGGACACGUGUCUUGACAGCAUUGAUGAUGCUAAUUCCAAGUCUUCCAUUAAACCUAAGGUUGUCGAUGCUUCUCAAGUCACCAGUAAUGCUCUUGCAUUGGUUAAUCGUUUUGCCUCCAAGUACCGCACUUAGACGCCAUUAUCAUGUCUGCUUAAAACAUUCAUUUCUUCCACUGCUUUACCCAAUAAUAAGUCAUCAUGUGGUUUCAUAUGUUCAUUUUGCUCUCUGUAAUGCAUGCAUGCUCU